UUACUAAAAUGUCAUUUGUCUAACGACGACUUACGAUAAAUUUGGCAACACUUUGGACCCACCACAAGUGAAGUUAGUCACCGCACCCAAGAAGAAUGACUCCAGAUAUUUUAUUCUUACCGGAAAUAUAUACGAAUUAUUUAAUAUGAACAAAGGAAUAGCAAAUUCUUCAAUAAUUAAUACGUGGUACAUUUUAUUAAUUGUACGUUGUCUUAUCUACAAUCCAAUGUGACAAUCUUUGUGAUUUAUUAGUGAACCAGUGUUUAUAAAAAUAAUGGAUGAAGGUUUGCUGAACGAUUUAUUGGAGUGUUCCGUGUGUCUUGAACGUCUCGACACGUCUAGCAAAGUUCUACCCUGUCAGCACACAUUUUGCAAGAAAUGUUUAGAAGAAAUUGUCCAGAAGCAUAAAGAAUUACGAUGUCCAGAAUGCAGAAUUUUGGUGAACAUCAAGGUGGAGGAUCUACCACCCAACGUUUUAUUAAUGCGAAUAUUGGAAGGCAUGAGAAAUGCUGUACCCAAGAAACUGCAGAGGUCAAACAGAGGUUCACCGAACCAUAACACUCAAAAUGUUCUGCAUUCUUUUCCAUUACAACAACAGCAUGGGACACCAGAACAUAGAAUUAAUACUACAAAACAGAGUUCACCUCAUACUAUUCAUCAUCAACCUUAUGCAAAAGCCUUGUUUGAUUAUAAUGCCAAAGAACCUGGAGACCUUAGUUUUAAAAGAGGUGACAUAAUAAUUCUAAAGAAAAAAAUCGACGCCAAUUGGUACCAGGGUGAAUGUGGUGGAAAGCAAGGGGUUUUUCCCCAAAGUUAUGUCCAUGUCAUCACCCCUAUACCUAGUCAUAUGCCUCAAUGCAAAGCACUCUAUGAUUUCCGCAUGACAAACGACGAAGAGGAAGGCUGUUUGGCUUUUCGUAAAGGUGACAUUAUUAAUGUAAUUAGGAGAGUAGAUGAGAAUUGGGCUGAGGGAAAACUUGAUGGAAAAAUUGGUAUAUUUCCAUUGGCGUUUGUGGAAAUGAAUAAUCUGGCCAGAUCAUUGAUGAAGCUGUCUUCUAAUGCUCAACCAGGCCCAUCUAGAUUGGCUCCACCAACGCCUACAACUGAAGAUAGUACACCACUCAUACCAACAGAUCACACUAGAAACGUAGUUGCUCAACAACCUGUUCAAAAUUCUUCUCCUCAUAUUCAAGUGGCCAUACAACAACAAUCUAUGGUUACCUCCGACUCCAGUUCAACCGUCAGUUCUGGUAGUUCGACGACUCCGAAUAUAUCUUCGAGUAACACAUCGUCCAGUUCUAGUACUGCGCCGUCAUCACCCGCCUCACCACCUCCAAGAACUCAACCUGUACCACCCAAAUCCGUAGUACAAAAACCAGAGCUUCCCACUCCGAAAUCCGCCGCGGCAGCUCAAUGCUUGGGCGCAUCGGCGGGUCACAUUCGUCCUGAGGUCCAAUCCUCUCAUCAUCGUCACAAUAAAGAAAAGCGUCACAGUUUCACAGGCCUAUCUCAACAAGUACCACAUCACCAUCCAACCAAUUCUCAUCGACACUCAGUUGAGCUAUUGCCGGACGAAGGUUCCAGUAACAGCGUUUCAGUUACGUCACAGCAUGGUGAAAGAACCCGAAGGAGCGGUCAUGGAGAUAUAAUGUUACCGAAAGCGUACAUAGCCUUAUAUCCGUACAAGCCUCAGAAACCAGAUGAAUUGGAACUCAGAAAGGGUGGAAUCUAUAUGGUAACUGAAAGAUGCCAAGAUGGUUGGUUCAAGGGCACGUCGAAUCGAACACAGAAGACCGGCGUUUUCCCUGGUAACUACGUGGCUUUGGCCCGCGGAGGACCCACAUCUUGGGACGGAACAGCACCAACACAAUCUAACGAUUCUUCAAAACAAUCGGGUGUAAGUCAUGUGCGCAGUUCGAAAGGCAAUGGCGGCACCUCGUCCGCUCCGCGUGGGACGGACCGAUCUUGUCCGAGUAACCCGCCAGAGCUGCCGCCCCGUGCCACCAGUCCUUCAACUGGGGCGGCAAUCUCGUCGAGUUGGCACGGCCAGCAAGACGGAGCGGCGGUGCCGUUGGGCCGCAGCAGCAGCGCAAUUAUGUCCUCCUCUGCUAAUUGCCAUCAUUUAACCGCUAAGAGUGUUGAGAAGCCUAAGGAUCGUAAAGACAAAGGGACUGUUGGCUUAAUGCGACGAUUAGCAAGUAUGAAGAGAUCGAAAUCACCACCCGCAUCAACCUACUCAAUCGAUAAUCCUGUGUUCGAGGAUGUGACAGCGGCUUCCUCGUCACCGACUCACCCUGUUCACGUUCGGUCUGGCUCGUGUCCAAGUCAACUGCUACAAAUUCAACCUACUGAACACCACCGACUAUUUGGUUCCAGCUCCCAACGGCAUAAACAUAAAGAACGUCCCAGUUUAUUAGCCCACAGAAAUGAAAAUACUGCCAGCAGUUCAAGUUCUAGCCCAGACAUACACCGGCAUAGAAAAUCGAAUUCCCUCGAUGCGGGUAAACCGAAAACAGGGACCCAGACCGUUCGUGAACGUUUCCGCUGCAUUGCUCCGUAUCCUCCGAACAGCGAGUACGAAUUAGAGCUGCAGGUCGGCGACAUCAUUUAUGUUCAUAAAAAGCGAGAGGACGGAUGGUACAAGGGGACGCAACAACGUACAGGCAGGACCGGCUUGUUUCCCGCAAGUUUUGUCGAAAAUUUUUAAAAUCGAUUUAGUUCAAGAUAUAAUUAUUGUUCCUUAGUAAAAAUUUAAAAGCAAGCAUAUUAAAUAUGCAAGUAGAUCUAUAUAUAAUGUUAAUCGUACGUAUUGUUCAGUAAUGUGUAGUUUUUUGCCGGUAAUUAUUCGAUUAAGCUAAAGUGGAUACUGACGAUAUUGAUUUCGUAUUUGUGGAAAAAAAUAAAAUAUGCACUAGACAUCUAGUAUUGUAUACUCAGAAAUAUGUUAUUUGUAAAAACAUUGAAUUGGUAAUAUUGCGUCGAAAAUAUUUGAACUUUUUUUAUUUGUUUUCAGAAAAUUAUCAUCAAUAAGUACUUAGAUAAUACAUAAACUUAUAAACAGAAGUGAUUGAUAAAACAAAUUUCAGUUCUAAAUAAUAUUCAAAUAAAACUAUAAAUAACUUUGAAGUUCAUUUAAUAAACAUCUGCAUAUAACAAUUUUUUUCCAGUACAUUCUCAAAAUAAGUUAAACAUAUUUAAUUAAAAGGCCAUAUAGUUGAUAAAACACAGAAUAUGUGUUCAUUAAUCAUACAUAUAAUUUGUGUAUAUUGUAGGUAAUAUUUAAUAUGUGUGCAAUGAUUUGUUAUAUUUUAAAUGUAAUUCUAAUUUAUAUAACGUUUUGUGUCUUUUAUACUAAUACAACUUUAAUGUACUACUGUAUUAUUUCAGUUAGUUAGUGAUGUUUGAUGAUUGUGCAACUAUCAAGUAAUGUGGUUGUUAAGUUUUGUUAAUAUUGAAACGUAUGUUAUUAAUAUUAAUAAUAUACUUAAUUAGGAGUUUUGAUCGCCUCAUGUGCAUUUUAAGCAUUUUAUUGUGAGUCGCUAUAAAAUUUAAUUUGAUACUAUUACUUGAAUUGACUCGCGUUCUAUAAUUUUAGUUAAUUUAUUAUUGUAGAUUGUGUAAUUAUUAUAUAUUUAUGUUAAAAUUGCCCACCUGUCUCGAUCUAUUUAUUCUGAUUGAAUGUUCAAUUUGGAAUCUCAAUUAACAACUGUAUUUUAAAUUUAUAAUUUUCAAUAUACGUACUUUAUAAGUAAAAUAAAUAAAAAGUUUUGAAUUUAGUUAAUUUGAUACUGAAAAACGUCAUAAUUAAAAUUAGAUUAUUUAUUGAUCACAUGUUACCUGUAUUUUUGGUGGUGGAUUUGUACAUAUCAUAUUUUUUAAUUAGUUUUUGUUACUUAUUCUAUUUGCAUAAAUUCUACUAAAACUGACAAACCUAAGAUGAAUUGACUGAAAGUUAUAACUUUGUAACAAAAAUAAAAACUAAUUUUUAUAUACGCUAAAUAUGAGUCAUUUGUUAAUAUAAUAUAAUCUAGUAAUAAAUAAUUUAUAUUUGAAGUUUAA